GGCGAGUCCUGGCAGCGCAGACGGAGCUGAACGCUGACAGAGGAGCGCGCGCCAGUCCCGGUGAAGAAGCUCCGUUAUUGCGAGCAAGACAGACAGCGAGACAACUGGAACUAGACUCAUUUUACACACACACACACACACACACACACGUUACACACAGGAAGCCGUGGGGGACUCAAAGAGAGAGAGAGAGAGAGAGAGAGAGAGAGAGCGCGAGCGAGUCACUCAUCGCUUCCAAACUGUCGCGUAAAAAAGGAAGUAAAGGACAAAUCAUCUGAAAUCUCAGCAGAGCGCCGCGCGGCCGGGAGUUGCCUUUCUUUUUCUGAGUAACUUGUGGAAUUUAUCGAGCAAAACAAACAAACAAACAAAAUAAAACAAAAACACUAGCUCGGCCUACCUCUGUGCCCUCGUGUACGUUUUUAUUUUUAUAUGCUUGCAUUAGGUUGUUUAUUGUUAUCUUUUUUUUUUUUUUUUUUUUUUUUCCAGCAGAAUAAUAACGGUGUCGGUUUGAGAGGAGAAGACUGACAGGAAACAGCAGCUUUUCUCCACCACACUCGAGUCUCCUGAAGUGCGACGAACACUUGCUCUCCUUCAGCGCUCCUUUUUCUACUUCUGUCUGUUGAAUAUUUACACGAGAACCUAUCUGGGUUAGAAAUCGGUGUAUCCUGGGGCGUCAGCUGUGAUUUCUUGGAAUAUGGUGGGGGAAAUGGAAACGAAGGAGAAACCGAAGCCGAGCCCAGACUAUCUGAUGCAGCUCAUGAACGAUAAGAAGCUGAUGAGCAGCCUGCCCAACUUCUGCGGCAUCUUCAACCACCUCGAGCGCCUCCUCGAUGAAGAGAUCAGCAGAGUACGGAAGGACAUGUACAAUGACACAUUAAAUGGGAGCACAGAGAAGAGGAGCUCGGAGCUCCCCGAUGCUGUGGGUCCAAUUGUACAGCUCCAGGAGAAGCUUUACGUGCCUGUUAAAGAAUAUCCUGAUUUUAAUUUUGUGGGCCGGAUCCUUGGUCCACGGGGGCUUACGGCCAAGCAACUGGAGGCUGAGACAGGAUGCAAGAUCAUGGUGAGAGGCAAAGGCUCAAUGAGAGACAAGAAAAAGGAGGAGCAGAACCGUGGCAAGCCCAACUGGGAACACCUGAAUGAAGACCUGCACGUCCUAAUCACUGUAGAAGAUGCUCAGAACCGUGCCGAGAUCAAGCUCAAACGAGCCGUGGAGGAGGUCAACAAGUUGCUGGUGCCUGCGGCUGAAGGAGAGGACAGUCUGAAGAAGAUGCAGUUGAUGGAACUGGCCAUUCUAAACGGCACCUACAGGGAUGCCAACAUUAAAUCACCGAGUGCCCAGGCUCCUCGCAUCAUCAGCGGCCCAGCACCCGUGUUGCCCCCGGCUGCCCUGCGUACUCCCGCGCCCACGGGCCCCACCAUCAUGCCCCUAAUUCGUCAGAUUCAGACCGUCGUGCCCAACGGCUCAGCUCACGCCCAUGCUGCCGCCGCCACCCUGGUGCCUCCCGGGCCGGAGUCAGCUGGCCUGAUUUACGCCGCACCCUAUGAAUACCCAUACACUUUGGCGCCAGCCACGUCCAUCCUUGAGUACCCCAUCGAUUCCAGUGGCGUGUUAGGUAAGCACAGUUGUGAGUGCGCUGGCAUGCCACCCCACCAAUACCAACACCUACUUGGGCAGUGGAGCGCAGCACCUACCUUACUCCUGCGUCACUCUUCUUAAACCCUGACCACCCCACACCCCCCACCUCCUCCCCAAAUGCUGUCUUACGAUAUAGAUGAGCUUUCUAUAUUUACUGCCACCUUCAUCCACCCAUUUCCCAAUCACCUUAGGGAAAAUAAAAAGGUAAUGAAAUAACACUGCAAACCUUUUCCCACUUAAUCCGUUUAGUUUCAUAAAAGUAAUCUCUCGUUGCAAAAAAUAAAUAAAUACAUUAAAGAAAUGUGGCAUAAAUGAUCGGGCUGCUAAGUGCUCUGUUGGCUUUAUAUGAAUUAUAAGAGAGGGGUCUCUUUUGCUUUCUGCCCUCACUCCUUCUCCCUCCCUAUUUUUCGCAUGCUCCCCCUCUCUCCUUCUCACUCUCAAAGGCCCUGUCCUCCCCUCUCCACACAAGCUCUAUGGCUUCAUUAAGGCACUUGAGAAAAGCCGAUUAUGAGUAUCAUGUUACAAACAGCAUUCUGCCAGUUUUACACAGGCUGCUCCCAGAGGCACAGUGUUAAGUUGAGAAAUGACACAAAAAAAAGUGCAUCCGUGAGGCAAGAUCAGCGUGUCCAAUGAGAUGAGCCAGAGCGGGAUUUAGUCUCUGUCUAAUAAAGUAAGCUUUAUUCUGCCAAGAUCAAGCCGACUGCUCCAAGUGUUCUAAGCCCAGUACAGUAGCACUGUAUUAGAGACCUGAUUUGAGUAGUUUUGGUGUUUGGGUUUGAUCAUGAAAGCACUUCAGUGAGACAGCAAAGGAGGUGAGGAGUGUUGUGGAGGGAGCAGAGUGGAAGAUUUCAUCCAUGUCUUCUCUCUUGUGUACACCUAUACAGCAUCCUCAAAGGCCGAAGAGCUGCCGCUGUACCUGGGCUUUCAGACCUGUCACUUUCCCAUCACUGUGCAGCGUGCAGAGCCAGCCGGUCGGCCUCCUUUUUAAAGCAGACCCACUCCCCUCAUCCCCUUUUCUGACCCUCAUUCACCCUACACACUCACCCUUCGACACCCUCACACCCCUCCCCACCCCUCCACCCCCCCUGCAAACACUCAUCUUAUUGGACUGACCGGAAAGCACCCCCCUCUUCCAGGAGCCUCUGCUCCCCGGCCUUUCACUGUUUGUCCCUUCUGCAACCUGAAUCCUGUUUUGUUUUUGGUUUAAUUUAAUGUCAUGUGUUGAAACUGUGUGUACCAUAAUGAGGGAGAAAAAGCACUGAGCCCCAAACUGCUGCAAACCCUCUCUGGAUGCUCCCUCCCUUGGUGCGGAGGGCGCAUCAGGAGAGGUAACAUGAAGACGGUGAGGGGACAGUGGGGGUCAGACAGGGGCUGCUUUAGGAGUCAUGGGAUGGUGGGAUUGUUCUAAAAGUCAGACCUAUUCGAGUUCUACUCACACAGCCGUUUGAUGGUGCUCUGUGGCAGUGAGUUCCAAGGUUGUUUACAGCAUAAUAUGAACCAAUAUUUAAAAAAAAAAAAGCAACGUAGCCUUAUGCAUGCAGUGACCAAAUCCAGCACCUCUGCUUUUAGGCAUAGACUGCCCUAAAAUGGCUUUGGUAACGCAUGGAAUUAUAGUGUGUGUUGCUUCUUGAGGACAGACACUCCUGGCACUAAUUUCACAUUCCCUUCCUUUAUUCUUUAGGUGUGGCUUUCCCCACGAAAGGCUAAAAGUGCUUUCGAGGAUCCUUACUGAGCCCCUCAUCCGAUCUGAGUGUUAACACACAUGCGCUUUCGUUUCACAGCGGCCUUGUUAUUUCCUGAGUGUUAAUGAAUUAUGAAAUCGAGCCUAGCAGUCAGUCAGACAUACUACUGUUUUGUUUACACUGGCCACCCCUCUGCCCAAAGAGGCUCCGUAUAUGCUUAGAAAUAUUGUAUCUGUGCCCGAUGCCCCUUUUAGCAGCAAAGGUAUAUGUGUGUAUGUGUGUAUGUCUCACAGAUCUGUUCUACUGACUGCUAUGUUGUUUGGUUAGGGUACAAGAGAGUAAAAAUCAAGGAGCUUGCUUUACUAAUCACUUAAAUCAUUGCUGUUGUAUUUUCGAUCCUUUCUCUUUUUUUACUACUGCACAUGUGCCUACGCACUAUCAUCUCUGUGCCUUUGCUCAGAGAGUGAGUUUAUCAGUAUUAUAUUUAAAUGUGGAACUGGAGAGGUGCACUUCCCCAUUGCUUCACUGCAGGAUUAUGUGACUAGUAAAGCUCCCUUUGCUCUCGCUCUCUCUCUCUCUCUCUCUCUCUCUCUCUCUCUCUCUCUCUCUCUCUCUCUCUCUCUCUCUUUCUCUAUCUCUCUCUCUCUCUCUCUCUCUCUCUCUCUCUCUCUCUCUCUAUCCCUCCCUCUGUGUGUGUGUUUGUGUGUUUGUGUGUGUGUGUGUGUGUGUGUGUGUGUACUUGUUACUAAUGUCCAUCCUACUAUCCAAGCAUGGAUCCACCACUUGGAAUUAAUGCAACAUUUUUUUUCCACUUUCAAUAUGCUAUUUUGAAAAAUGAACAAGUAUUAUUUGUGCCUUAACUUGUAUUUUUAUUAUUUGCAUAAUAAUUGUUAUACAUAUUUGGCCACACAGAUAAAUGUAAUUUGGCCACACAGAUAAAUGAAAUCUGUUCAGUUUCAUUGAUUUACUUGAUGGGAUUUUAUAUAUAUAUAUAUA